AUGCAAGGAGACAGGGAGAAGAAGCACAUGGUGAUGGUGAUGGUGAUGAUGAAUGACGGGAAUAAUGGUAAGAGUGGCUAUAAGAAGGCGGCUGAACAACGCGCGAGUGUGGAAGUGGGUAUCGUAUAUGAAUAUGCUCCGGGCCACGACAAGUGCGACCCUCUUCGAAGGGCCAUGGGCGCGGAGAAGAAUAGUGGAUAUGAUGUGUGA